UAUUGCUUGGAUUAAAGAGCAGUCUACUAAAUUACAAAGAUUAUAUGUGAAGGAAAUGUGUUAUGGGCAAAAAAUAACAUACAUUUGAUUUCUACCUAGUCUUAUAUUAUACACCGGUUUACAAGUAGCCGGACAUCGACGUUAAACUCCUCCGUUUUGGGCUCCUUCUCGUUAAACUCUUGCCUCUUGUUAAUAUCCUCGUUAGGUUCCUUAUAACCUCUCUUCUGCCUGCUAGCUAACUCAAUCCUACAGAUGCAGUUCCUUGUGAGAGUCAACCAUAGACAUAUAUACAUUGACUGCUCCGACCCAUAGUUGCGUAACAAAAGUAAAAUGUGUAGCUGAGGUUUGGCAGGUAUUUGUUCCUGCCAGAGACAGUGAUACUUCUUAUGUGAUUGUUGGAUAGGUGUGGUCGAAUACCAUAUAUGAAACAAAAAAAAAAGCGAAAUGAAAGUUCUUGUCACUUGGUAGAUGUGACACCCCUCAGUAGGCUCUUUUCACAGAAGUGACAGAGGUAAACGGUUCGUAUCGGCUGCUUCUUCUGGGCCAGACGUGUGUAAGCGACGAUGAUCAAGAACUGCAGUGACCUGACUCUGUGCUGGGAGAAGCUGGACCAAUCGGAUGUCCAGUCCAUGGGCCAUAACUCAAGAUUUCCCAACUCCUUCAUGAACAUAUCUGGAGGGAACAGAAGCGACGCUGGGCCUUGCCAGGUUCUACCCCAAGGCUUGUCUCUCUCUGUGCUCCUGUGUGUGGUCUUCCUGCUUGGCUCCCUCCUCAACGGAGCCAGCCUCUGGGUGUUCUGCUUCCGGACGCCAGAAUGGAGCACCGGGACGCUGCUGCAGUUCCAUCUGACGCUAAGUAACAUCUUGGCCAUGCCCCUCGUCCCCAUGAUGGCCACAAACCUCGCCCUGGGCAGCCACUGGCCCUACGGCCGCUUCCUGUGCCAGGCGAUGAUCGCCCUGCUCAGCUCCCACUUCUACGGCAGCACCGUGUUCCUCAUGCUUAUCAGCGUGCACCGCUACACGCUGGUGGUCCACUUCAACAAGGACGCAUGCAUGAAGCGUAAGCCCUUUGUGAGGAGGCUGUGCGCGGGCAUGUGGUCGCUCCUCCUGAUCCAGGCGAUUGUCCUCGCCGUCGUGCUCCCCUCCAGCCUGGAGGAGAAGGAGGAGCAUUGUCUCAGCAUCCACCAUGUGAAGCUCAGCGUUUCCCUCCUGUACAUCACUCUGCUGCUCUUCACCCUCGGGUUCCUGCUGCCGUUCUCGGUGUCCCUCGGAUGCUACUGGUGCCUGGCGAACACGCUGGCCCGUCUUCAGAACCAGUCCGCCCGAGGCCGGGCCAAUCGGUACAAAUCCCAGAGGAAGAUAGCGGCGUGUCUGGUGACGUUCGCCGUGUGCUUCCUCCCGCUUCAUGUCACCAGGACAAUGGGGGUGGUCCUGAAGACGUUCUACCCCUCAGACUGUCCCGGUCUCCUGAGGGCUGAGACCGGAUACUACGUGUCCUGGGUGUUGACCGGGGUGAACUGCUGUCUUGACCCCAUCUUGUACGGCUUUGGCUCACACAACUUUGCACACACCUUGUCGUUAAUGAGGUUUGGUCAGCGAGUGGUCCAGCAACAAAAUCCAAGCUUUUCUGCGAACUAGAAACUAGUUAGUCACUUAUGAUUUGAGAUUCGCUUACUUUUAGAGUCCCUUACUUUACUUUACUGAGCUGCACUUACAUAUUCAUUUCACUUUUAUAUACAAGCAUAUUUAAUCACAUUCUGCUGUUGGUUAGAUCCAUAUUUUAUCCAUGAUUAGAAAAUUUCUGUAUGCUGUAAUUUGUGUUUAUAUUGUUAGCUGUGUAUAAUAUUAUUUUAACGUUGAUGUUGCUGCCUUCAUUUGAGCAACUGUAACAAAUUAACUCUUCCGGGCACAAUAAAGUUAU